GUUCUUGCGAAGUCCUUAAAAGUGAACAAUGUCUUGAGUAGUGCGGCAACGACGCUCAAUCACACACGUAGUAAACACGUGUGCGCGCCACGAAUCAGACGAGACAAACUUAUCUUACUGUGCGUGUGUGUAUAAGUAUUGUGUAUUAAAUAUGUCUAUUUACCGUAAGAGUGAAUAGUCUUUCAAACGGCUAAAUCAGUGCCUGUCACACUUAAAUUCUUCGAAAUUCUUCGAUCCGGAUUUUCUGCUGGUUGAAGUGACUGAUACAGUGCAUCCGAUCUCGCGACGCACGAAAUUCAUACGAGUGUGACGAAGUGUACUAAAUUAAAUCGACAUUAUGGUUAAAUUCACCAAGCGACAAUGGCUUACUUUAAUUGUCAUCAGUAUCGCCGAUUUCGCAAAUGCCAUUUGCGUCUCAUUGCAAGCACCGUUCUAUCCUCAAGAGGCUGAGAAAAAAGGAGCAUCGCCAUCAGAAUAUGGACUGGUCUUCGGGAUUUUUGAACUGGUGGUUUUCAUUAUUAGCCCAAUUUAUGGACAACAUCUCAAUCGAAUCGGUCCGAAAUUACUGUUCAAUGGCGGUAUCCUAACUACAGGAACCUGCGCCAUAUUUUUCGGUUUAUUGGACAGAGUCAACGGUCAUUAUCCUUUCAUAAUCCUGUCUUUCGUGAUUAGAAUUGUGGAAGCAAUGGGAAAUGCUGCAUUUCUAACAGCUAGUUUUGCCAUUAUCGCCAAAGAAUUCCCCAACAAUGUUGCUACAACAUUUGCCAGUUUGGAAACUUUCUUCGGCUUGGGUCUUAUCGUAGGUCCUACUGUAGGAGGAGCACUCUAUCAGAUAGGUGGAUAUACUACACCAUUCGCGGUGCUUGGCUCAGCAUUGUUUGUGGCAGCAGUUAGUACUGCUUUCAUUUUACCCGUACAUAAUAACAAUGAUAAUGAUGCACACAGCACUGGAGGAGUAAUGAAAGUCUUAAAAAUUCCCGGCGUGAUGAUCGCCUCCAUGUCAAUAAUCGCAACGAGCAUGAGCAUCGGAUUUUUACAAGCUACACUUGAACCGCAUCUGAGGCAAUUCAACUUAAGCCCAGUCGUGUUAGGAUUGAUGUUUGUGAUUAAUGGCGGUACCUACGCGCUAACUGCGCCUGCAUGGGGCUGGCUUUGCGACAAUUAUUGGCACCCAAAGGUAGCAACUGUUGCCGGCUGCUUUCUCGUAAUGAUCGGUUUCUCGCUGGUCGGUCCAGCGCCAUUUAUUCCGUCACCCACUAUAAUCUGGAUGCCUAUCAGCGGCCUUGUGAUCCACGGCUUAGGCAUGGCUGCUCAACUGGUUGCAAGCUUCACGGAUGCCUUACGAACAUCUAUAUCAUUUGGAUUUCCAAAUAAUCUUGAAACUUAUGGCCUCAUCAGCGGAUUGUGGACAAGUACGUUUGCUCUCGGAGCUUUCAUCGGUCCCAGUAUCGCUGGAAUUCUACUGGAUAAUAUCGGUUUUAGAAAUGGUUCUAUGUUUAUCGUAUUACUUCACAUGCUAGUGGGCGUGAUAGCUGCAGUGUUCCUGAGCAGCUGUAGUCGUACACCCAAGCCAUACAUCGAAAUCACUACGGUGGAGAAUCUCAGAGCACCACUGAUGGAGAGUGGCCGAUUAAGCGGUAGCAGUUUGCAUCAAAACGGACGAGGUCAGGGUGUACCGAUCGACAGGCCCGGCGGCAUGAAUUCGCUGAUCGUGUGUAACAGUUAUUCGAAUAGAGCCGGUGCUUGGUCCAGGGCGUCGUACAGCGGUCGCUAUUCUCAUAGUUACGGUUCCAUAGAAAAUAAACGUUAUCUGGAGUUCACCACGUGAUAACGAACAUUCAGCAUCCGGAAAUAGCAAUAAGAUUCUACUCCACUCGUCGCUGUCUAAUUCCCACCAUCGAGAUCAUUCAAUUUGCAAAAAUACAAGAAACUGUUUUUUAUUCAAUAAGAAUGUCAGGCAAAAACUAAUGUUUUAUCAUUCACUUUAUUGAUAAGCUAACAAUA